AUGUCAUCAUCAUCCAGCACUGCCUCGAGGGUUGGAAUCGACUAUCCAGAGUUGGUUGUGUUUGAUUUGGAUGCUUGUUUGUGGGACAAGGAAAUGUACGAAAUGUCUGCCAUUCCCGAUGGAUCCAAACUGGUCAAGGGCGAUCUACGAGGACGAGGCAAAGGCGUGACGGGUGUUUACUCUGGCAGCGACAAGAUUUCGUUGCACAAAGGAUCACUACUGGCUUUGCAAGAACACCACGACAAUAAAUACCCUGGAAUGAAAAUUGCCCUGGCAUCAUCGGCCGACACUCCCUUUGCCGAAAAGGUGGGACGGGCUACUUUGACAUAUUUGGAGGUCGUCCCUGGUUGCACCAUUUGGGAUUUGCUCAUGCGAGAUUGGGACGGUCAAGAUGUCAAUCAGAUUGGACGACAACCACCACUGAGUUCCAACAAGGCCGCCACGCAUUUUCCGAUACUGCAACAACUCACAGGAAUCAGCUAUUCCAAAAUGUUAUUCUUUGACGAUUGUAACUGGGGUGAUCACUGUGGUAAAGUCGCUAGAGCUUGCAAGGACCCCGAUACGGGCAAAUGUGUCGUGACGCAUCGGACUCCCAGCGGCUUGCGCGAAGCAGAUUGGAUCAAGGGAAUGGAGCUGUACGCGCAAGCAUGGAAAGACGAAUAG